GCUUUUAUGAACUAUUAAUUCUGUGAAUUCAUUAAAAGUACAUGCAACAAUAACUACACAGUAUAACUAGUUCAUAAGUUACAGUUAUUUAAUGCCAAAAUGUUUGCUAUAAACCUACGACGAGUCUACUGUGCAUGCGAUAAAAUUAUCGUAAGAACAUUACGGAAUCGAAGGCUGGAAGUUCCUGGACCAAAUCCUGGAUUGGACAGACGAGUAACAGCGCUCCGUGAGGAAGGAGUCCCUAUCACAGGCAACCCGGAAGAAUUUCUCGAUCAAUCUGAAAGUGAAUUCUAUAAUAUGGAUGAUACUUACAAUGCACAUCUAACUGAGAGCUUGGCAGGCAAGCAUGACCUACGGCACAGAAUCGUCAAAGAGAAGUACUUCAAGGAGAACAUGCCCAAUUUGUUGACUUGGAGUGAAAAGGAGCAGAUACGGCAUUUAGUGAAUGCGCAGCCUAAUGAAUGGACACCGGAGCGUAUUGCAGAGAGCUUUCCGGUCACUGCCGCUGUUGUUAAGAAAUUACUGAAAUACCCUUGGAAACCAGCAACCGAAGCACGCAUAGCUCGUCAUGACGAGUCUGCCAUGAGAAACUGGCGGGAGCUCAAAGAAAACACUUUAGACAUCCCACAAGAUCUACGCCAACACUUUCUCAAAUUUUCUGAAAGAACUAUACCACCUCUGAAAGCCCAAUCAGUGAAACCUGAUGUAAUUGUCGAAAAAAUGGGCGAAUUUGAAAAGAUAGUUCAAAGAUGUGCGGAAAAAGCAAAUAAUAAUAAUAUUGAAGAAACUGAUUCUAAAGAAGUUGCCAUACAUGCAUCCAAUAACACUAACAGUAAAUAUAAAGUAGUUAAAGGUAAUCAAAGGGUGACACUAGAAGAGAUGACAACCAAAAUUAAAAACAGAUUAGACAGUGGCAAAGCCAUUGACCUCCCAGAUCAAAUAAUGCUUAGUGCAGUCAACUCCACUGAAACUGAAGUAUCAGCUACAGAAUUAAGUAAAGAAAUAGAUCUAGCAGAAGAAAAACCAAAAGAAGUAUCAGUAUUUAAAGAACAAAGUGAAGAAAAAACAUCUGUUAUGGAAUAUCCAGAAAGAAUUAGAAUUCCUAAGAAGGCUUACAAAAAAGGUGCUACUUAUAAAGUGGAUGACUGUUAUUAUGAUGAUGAUGGGAAAUUCCUGUACAGAGUCCUGGGCAUGUCCAACUGAUAUUCCGAAAUAUAAAAUAAAACAAUGUU